CUUCCUGAGAGCAGCUCCGACACCAUGCUGGGAAGAGUCCGACACGGAAUGAGUCACCAGUUCUGCUGACGGACCACGGACAGUUUACCGGCCACUACAGGCUCCCCAACAAGAUGGCGGGGCAGAAUCAGAGUCAGUGCCACUAUGGCGAGAUCAUGGAGUUCUUCUAUAACAACAGCAGCCAAAAGAAAGAUGAAUGGGACUCCACCCAGCUCAUCCUGGUCCAGGUGGUGGGCUCUCUCUUCUGUUGUUUCAUCCUGGUCUCCAACGCCAUGGUCAUAGCCGCUGUUAUCACUAACAAGAGGUUCCACUACCCUUUUUACUAUCUCCUCGCCAACCUGGCUGCCUCGGACUUCCUGGCUGGGAUAGCGUAUGUGUACCUCAUGUUUAACACGGGGCCAGUGUCCAGACUACUGACAGUUAAGGGUUACUUCAUCCGCCAAGGCCUCCUGGACACUAGUCUCUCGGCUUCGCUGGCCAACCUGCUGGUGAUAGCCCUGGAGCGCUACAUCUCUGUCAUGAACUGGAAAGUCCACAGCAACCUGACAAAAAGGAGAGUGACCCUGCUGAUCGUGCUGGUGUGGGCUAUCUCGAUCUUCAUGGGGGCUGUGCCGAGCCUGGGCUGGCACUGCAUCUGUAACCUGGAGGACUGCUCCCAGCUGGCUCCCAUCUUCAGCAGGAGCUACCUGAUCUUCUGGUCGGUGUCUAACCUGAUUGUGUUCCUGGUUAUGGUGUGCAUCUACAUGAGGAUCUACAUGUAUGUCAAGAAGAAGACGUCAGUGCUGAAUCCACACACCAGCGGCUCCAUUAACCGCAAGAGGACGCCCAUCAAGCUCAUCAAGACGGUCAUGACUGUGCUUGGGGCCUUUGUGAUCUGCUGGACCCCUGGCCUGGUGGUUCUACUGCUGGAUGGCCUCCACUGUGAGAAAUGCCAGGUCAUGCUCUUCAAACGCUGGCUGCUGCUCCUUGCUGUGCUCAACUCUGUCAUGAAUCCCUGCAUCUACUCUUACAAGGAUGAGGAAAUGUGGACAACCUUCAAGAACCUCCUCCGCUGCAUAGGCAACGGCACCCGAAGGCAGCGGUCAUCGAGGGCCAACGCAAGGCCGCUUAGCUCUGCGCAGGACACGGGCAACAGUCAGCCUCCAUCAGACGAGACCAAGAGUGACGAACAGGGCAUACUCAAGACCUGAAACUAGAGAGACAGAGGCAGUUCUCCUGUGAACUUGCAAGAACUUGCACCUAGCUCUGGUCGGAUGUCUUUAGUGAAGCCAUUGAUGGGUCUUGACUUAACAGACAAAGCCAAACACAUGACGAGGUUCAAACAGGUGAACCGCUCCAGUGUUGGCUGGACUUGUGACAAGUGGCUUUUGAUGCACUAUUAAUGCCCACAGUGGGUGUGAUUUUGGACACAUAACUUCCAUUAUUUUUUUUAAGGAGAGAUUCCUGUUGAUGUUUUAUCCUGCUUUUUGCAUUUUCCUGAUGACAUUCCUGGUGGUUAUUUAAACUUGGAGGAGUGGCUGAAGCAAGUUCACAAUAUGAAGUACUCAAUAGUACAUUUCUCUUUUUACCUAAAAGGAAAUAAGGGUAAAAAUGAUGCAAAGGGUGAUCUUAGUUUGCUACCUAACAUAAAUCUCUGUAACUCUCUGGAAUUUUGAUAUCAGUUUACCAUUUGUAUCUUUUUAAGGCAGCAAUACUGUAAUGGAUGAACUAGUUGAGAAAUGCCUAGUCAUAUUCUGUAAAACUAAAGUUGCUUGGGGAAGGGGUUUUCAUGAAAAAACAUUUUUACACAAAGAAAAAAAAAACCCUCUAUACUACUGUACUGUACAUGUCUACCAUAAACUGUAAGAUACUGUCAUAAAGAACUGAUGUAAUUUCAACUGUAAGACAGCUAGUCAGCUGAAAACCUUAUAAAAUUCCAAAAAUUUCAACAUCAUUGCUAGUAGCUUGACACCCAUGCAUUUUUCAGUUUGCCUGGUUUUAAGGCUUUUAAUGAACCUAAAUGCUGUAGAGGUGAAUGAAUGAUUUCAAUUGAAUUUAAAACAUGGACAUCACCGCCAAGUUGAGUUUUUUUUUUUGUUUUUUGUAUGUGUAUGCAUUGAUAUCCAGCAUUACAUGCUUAUUUUGGUCUGUUGUAGCUAUUACAACUCAGUUUGGACAAUCACACGUCAUCAUCUUGCUUUGUAAAGCAGUUUUGCCUCCAGGGAAGAGAUAAGAGUCAAGAGUUUGUCUCCCAAUCUGUCUGUCUUUAUCAGCUCAACUAAACAAACAGACAAAACGCUCAGCUGCAGCUCCUCACCAAGGCAAACCUGUUCUCCCUGUG